AUGGUUUCACGGCAUCUAUGGGCAUGCUUCUAUUUUCCAAGACGUUGGGUAGCAUAUUGUGUUUCGUUGUGGCUCGGAGCGUUCUUCCAGCCACAAGAAAAAGCAGCGUUUUGGCGCAUCCAACAGUGGCCCGCGUCGAUCGCAUUUUGGCGAGCAGUCCCAUUUACUAUGGGAAACUCGCAAAAAAAUCGCAG